AUGACUUCCGGUCCUGAACUUUCAUUCUACGCAGCCCAACAAGCGCCAAUAACAAAAAGCGAUCCCGGCGACAUUCAUCAGACGCCAACACCCCACCAUCGAACCCAAAGCGGAGGGGGAGUCCGGCCGAUGUGGAUACAACAGACAAUUUUGAAGAUUGCAAAUACAGUGGUUAAUCGCACUUCAAAUCGGCAGAAGUCAGUAAAGAGAGAACCACGGAAAUCUCGAGACUCGGCAUCCCGCAAGCGAGGCGGAUCGAGUCGGAGUCGAAGUCGACAGGUCAGUGGCAAGGGAAACGACACUAUAUCAAAUUACCAGACUGUCCGGCAACAGCGUGUUAACCACUAUUUAACGUCACUGCCAGCCAAAAACCAAGAGUUUGAAUACGUUUCUGAACAUCAUAUCGAGGAACCUUCAUUACCUCCUCCACAUCGAGACCCAGUGUCAGAGAGACACACGCCCUUGAGAUUCGCAAGUCAGGACAAUCUCCGCUCCAGGGCAAAUCAUGGUCGAUACCGUCACGAGCAAUCUUCUGACUUUCUCCCAUCGACCUUCAUUCGCUACCCGAGCGAUGGGGAUCUUAGGCGAAUGACGUUGAUGUUGCCCCCGAGUUUGCAAAAGAUAAUGAAUGCAAAAAUCCAGGAGCAAAGCAGAGAACUCACUGAACCACUAGGGGAAGGUGCUGCAGAGAAGCCUAGUGAAUCCACAACUUUUAAUGACAGGUCGCACAGUGAUGAGGCAAGUGCGAACCAUAAGCCUCAGGAGAAUGAAGACAAAGAGCCUCUGGAUCACACCAAACCACACGCACUGGACAAUGAUACGCCCGGUUUUGCAAAACAAGAGGUUUCUCCUCUGGGUGACUGGCCUGGAGCUACGGCAGAAAGUCCAGAUGCCAUUAGAGACGAAAAGGCCGAUACUGUGCAGGAGCAAUCUGUCGCACAGACCGAAAUGCUCCAAAACAAUGUGGAGCAGCCAAUAUGUAUGAACAUGGUUCGGCCAGGCGUCAUGACUGCAGAGAAGCCGUCUGCGGAAGGCGAAGUGCUCGGGCCAGGAGCGGAACCAACACUUACCACGACCAACAAUCAAUCUAGUCCUGGAACUGUACAGCCAACGUUUACGGUAAACGCCAAUGCUCUCAGCCCGGUGGAAGAGUCAGAAACUCUUCAAACCCAGGAGCUGGCAUCAAGUGGCUCGGGAGCUCCCCCCGCAGUGCAACCUCUGGGAUCGUUCCUGGAAGGGGUUCCUGGGACUGACAGAAUUGGGCGCAAGUGGGAGUCAGCGACGGUCAUUAUGAAACGGAUUUUGGACCAUAAAGCAACCACGACGCCGACCUCAGUCAUUUCUUUCAACAAGAGAAAGCUUUUGGGAGGAAGUCGACCUGUAAUGAUAUGGAAUGAUGAAUUCUACGGUUAUCUACCCUGUUUCGUGUCCCAGGGCCAGGCGUCCGCCGUAUGCGAACUUCUCGCUGUCGGAUGCAACCCAGGUCGGACUGGCAAGCCCAGGUGGAUGCCAAUGCUCAAUGUAGUUCUGGGGAGAACAGAAAAACACAACAAAUGUCUGAUUGCUCUGCUUCAGAGCGGCGCAGAUGUCGGCGCCAAAGACCCGAGCAGCGGCAAGACAUAUCUACACUUCGCCAUUGCGCAGGAACUGUGGUCUGGAUAUUCGACUACGGUGUACAUUCUGCUCAUGGCCAAGGCAAAUCCGAACGCCAGAGAUAAGAUGGGCAACACUCCCUUACUGACACUUUUAACCGGUAAUGGACCACUACUGCAAGAGGAGCGUGAUGCAUUGAUGCUCCUGCUGGCUCCCAAUUUCGGCACUAAGAUAUACGUGAGGGACCCCAAUCUCGGUGAGAAUGUCCUCCACCUAGCAAUCAGGAGACGGGAUCCGUAUGCACUCGACGCGGUCUUCAGUACAAUCUAUGACAAUGAGCUCAAGAAAUCAAUGCUCCAGGAAUUAAAUGCCAGCGGCUUCACACCACUCUUCCUCCUGGUGAACAACGGCGCGAAUCUGGACGACAAGAAUUUGACGAACGGCGACACCGUUCUGCAUUGCAUCAUAGGCGUGCACUGGAGCAUCGAGGCGUUUGAGCUCCUGCUCAAAUACAAUGCGAACCACUUGGUGCAGAACUUCAGUCACAAAAACAGCCACCACGAUGUUACAGGAAAAGGCCCGUAA